GACAGCUACGGCAGCCAAAAUCGUUCGAUCGGUCACACUACGCGCAAACGACGCAGUCGAACUCCGAGUUUCCUCCGGAUAGCAUCGUUUCGACUUCGUAUUCCUAAAUUGUGCAGCAGCGCCUUAGGACGCCAGCUUUUUUCGUCCUAAUCCGUGUGCCAAGUAACUUUCGCAACGCGGCGUUCAUCGAGUAGUCGUGGAGCAUCAUCAUCGAAGAUGGUGAAAAUGGAUCAUGAUGAUGGAAAAAACGAACCUGAGCACGUUAGGAAACUGUUCAUUGGUGGCUUGGAUUACCGUACCACUGAUGACUCCUUGAAGAAGCACUUUGAGCAAUGGGGUGAUAUCGUCGACGUUGUGGUCAUGAAGGAUCCUAAGACCAAACGUUCUAGGGGUUUUGGUUUCAUCACUUACUCAAGAGCUCACAUGGUCGAUGAUGCUCAAGCCGCCAGGCCCCACCGAGUGGACGGUCGAGUAGUCGAGCCAAAGCGUGCUGUUCCCCGCCAAGAGAUCGGCCGACCAGAAGCCGGAGCCACCGUGAAAAAACUGUUCGUGGGUGGUUUGAAGGAUGACCACGAAGAGGAUGAUCUUCGCAUGUACUUCCAAACGUACGGUAGCAUCAAUUCAGUGAGCAUCGUCACAGACAAGGAGACGGGCAAGAAACGAGGCUUCGGCUUCGUCGAGUUCAACGACUACGAUCCCGUGGAUAAGAUCUGCCUACAGCGCAACCACCAAAUCCGCGGCAAACACGUAGACGUUAAGAAAGCCUUAAGCCGCGCCGAGAUGGCUAGCGCCGGUAGUGGCGGUGGUGGCGGCGGCGGUGGUGGCGGUGGUCGCGGAAGUCAAUCGAUGGGAGGUGGUCGUGGUCCACGAAGCGGCAGCCAAGGCGGCGGCAAUUGGGGUGGCCGCGGUGGCGGUGGUGGCGGCGGUAAUGACUGGAACCAAAGCGGCAAUCAAGGUGGUUAUGGAGGCAGUAACCAAGGUGGUGGCUGGGGUAACAAUGGACCUUGGGAGAACUCAAACCAGGGCAGUGGUGCCUGGGGAGGUAGCCAAGGAGGUGGUGGUGGCGGUUACGGCGGUGGCGGCGGCGGCGGAGGCGGAGGCAACUGGGGUAAUGACAAUUUCGGUGGAGGCUACCAACAAGGAUACGGCGGCGGUCCAGUCAGAAAUAACUACAAUUCAGGAGGUCGACCCUCGCCAUACGGCCGUGAAUCUGCUACAGCAGGUGGCGGCGGUGGCGGCGGUGGUGGAUACGGAGGCGGCGGCAGUGGAGGUUAUGGAGGUGGCUCUAUGGGUGGAGGCGGUAUGGGAGGCGGAAGCGGCAGAAGAUACUAAAUUACCCGUACAGCUUCACUUCCCUUCUUUUACUCAAUCGGUGAACCCCAUUCUACUUCUUGUCUUCUAAUCGCAUAGCAGUAGCUUGGUACUGUGUUAGUACUGGAGCAGGCAGGCAUAAAGCAAGCUAGGCAGCGAACAAAGACAGGCUAGCAGAACAAUGAGAAAAGUCAUAGAAAGGGAGAAAGAGAGAGAAAGAUGACAGGAAAUUUUUAAGAAACAGAAAAAGAAAAUCUCCUCACAGGCAGGACAAUCAGGAUUUGCAGAAAGGGACAGGAAGAGAAUUAUUGUAGUUCACAUGAGUAAAAGAAGGGAAUGCUCUUGUCCAUAAAGAAAGAAAGAAAUACGUAUUUUCGAGUUGAAAAUAUCCAAUGAAAUUUUGACUUAUUUUUAAAAAUCACUUUCAUAUAUAGUUUCCGCUUUAUUAUUUUUUUACAGUCACUACAGAUUAAAGAUUUUCAUCCUCAUUUCGACUUUGCGCUAUAAACCAUGCUGAUGUAUUAGGUACGCGAUUUUAUGACGAAUAAUCAUAUUUUUCUUAUCUACAAAUUCAUGUAUAAUUAAUGAAAUAGGUUUCUGUAAUUUUGCGCAUAUUAGGAUGACAUUUAGAUUCUUCAAUCGCCGAAAGUAUCAUUGAAAUACUCUGUAUUUGUCACGGAAAUUCUUGUAUGGCGCUUUUCUUUGUUUUUAUAACGUAACUCCGAGCAGUUUUAUAAGAGCAAAGCAAACGAGAAAAAGAAACGCGUUUCGUUUUCUAAUUUUCAGAAAUCGAAUGUUCUCUCGAUUAUGUUAGUCGGAAAAUGUACCAAUCAUUUAUUGAAAGGUAAAUAUGUAUAAAAUUUUACAACUAAACAACGCCGAAUAAGGUUUGCAAGCGAAAAAUUCUUGUUUUUCUUCCCCAUGCGCUAAUGAAUAACAAUAUGUACAAAGGUAGAAGUUUAUACGGGUUACGCGCCUAAUCAAUUUCCUGAUUUUUUUUCCCUGAUUUAAUAAGAGUUCUCGCGGUAGUCAUGGGACACAAAAUACAAAUUGUAUCAGAUCAACGGGGAAAUGCGAAAUCGGAAUUUUAGCUUAGGUAAUUCAACACAUACUAAGCACUGGUAGGUUACCUUUAGACUACUAUAUAUGAACAUAUAUGACAGCAUGAAAUAGUUUAAUUUUUAAGUUGUAAUUGUCUUAAGAAAGUUAGUUGAAUAAACUUGACCACGACCUUUUUCCAUG